AGACCAAGGAGUGGAAAGUUCUCCGGCAGCCCUGAGAUCUCAAGAGUGACAUUUGUAAGACCAGCUAAUUUGAUUAAAAUUCUCUUGGAAUCAGCUUUGCUAGUAUCAUACCUGUGCCAGAUUUCAUCAUGGGAAACAGCUAUUACAACAUAGUAGCCACUCUGUUGCUGGUUCUCAAUUUUGAGAGGACAAGAUCAUUGCAGGAUCCGUGUAGUAACUGCCCAGCUGGUACAUUCUGUGAUAAUAACAGGAAUCAGAUUUGCAGUCCGUGUCCUCCAAAUAGUUUCUCCAGCGCAGGUGGACAAAGGACCUGUGACAUAUGCAGGCAGUGUAAAGGUGUUUUCAGGACCAGGAAGGAGUGUUCCUCCACCAGCAAUGCAGAGUGUGACUGCAUUUCAGGAUUUCACUGCCUGGGGGCAGGAUGCAGCAUGUGUGAACAGGAUUGUAAACAAGGUCAAGAACUGACAAAAAAAGGUUGUAAAGACUGUUGCUUUGGGACAUUUAAUGAUCAGAAACGUGGCGUCUGUCGACCCUGGACAAACUGUUCUCUGGAUGGAAAGUCUGUGCUUGUGAAUGGGACGAAGGAGAGGGACGUGGUCUGUGGACCAUCUCCAGCCGACCUCUCUCCAGGAGCAUCCUCUGCGACCCCGCCUGCCCCUGCGAGAGAGCCAGGACACUCUCCGCAGAUCAUCUCCUUCCUUCUUGUGCUGACGUCGACUGCGUUGCUCUUCCUGCUAUUCUUCCUCAUGCUCCGUUUCUCUGUUGUUAAACGGGGCAGAAAGAAACUCCUGUAUAUAUUCAAACAACCAUUUAUGACACCAGUACAAACUACUCAAGAGGAAGAUGGCUGUAGCUGCCGAUUUCCAGAAGAAGAAGAAGGAGGAUGUGAACUGUGAAAUGGAAGUCAAUAGGGCUGUUGGGACUUUCUUGAAAAGAAGCAAGGAAAUAUGAGUCAUCCGCUAUCACAGCUUUCAAAAUCAAGAACACCAUCCUACAUAAUACCCAGGAUUCCCCCAACACACAUUCUUUAUAAAUGCCAAUGAGUUGGCCUUUAAAAAUGCACCACUUUUUUUUUUUUUUUUUUUUUGACAGGCUCUCACUCUGUCACCCAGGCUGGAGUGCAGUGGCACCAUCAUGGCUCUCUGCAGCCUUGACCUCUGGGAGCUCAAGUGAUCCCCCCGCCUCAGUCUCCUGAGUAGCUGGAACUACAAGGAAGAGCCACCACACCUGACUAACUUUUUUGUUUUUUGUUUUUUGUUUUUUGUUUGGUAGAGAUGGCAUUUCAUCAUGUUGUCCAGGCUGGUCUCAAACUCCUAGGCUCACUUUGGCCUCCCAAAGUGCUGGGAUUACAGACAUGAGCUGCCAUGCCCGGCCAAAAUAAUGCACCACUUUUAACAGAACAGACAGAUGAGGACAGAGCUGGUGAUAAAAAAAAGCAUUUUCUAGAUACCACUUAACAGGCUUGAGCUAGUUUUUUUGAAAUCCAAAGAAAAUUAUAGUUUAAAUUCAAUUACAUAGUCCAUUGGUCCAACUACAAUUAUAAUCAAAAUCAAUGCAGGUUUGUUUUUUGGUGCUAAUAUGACAUAUGACAAUAAGCCACGAGGUGCAGUGAGUACCUGAUGAAAGUUUCCAUGGGUUCUGUCAGGUAACACGACAUGCUCCACCGUCAGGGGGAUUAUGAGCAGAGUGCCUGAAUUUAGGGUCAAGGGCAAAAAACCUCAGGUCUGGAGGAAGUUUUGGAAAGAGUUCAAGUGUCUGCGUAUCUUAUGGUCUUCUCCAUCCUCACACCUUCUGCCUUUGUCCUGCUCCCUUUUCAGCCAGGUUACAUUCUAAAAAUUCUUAACUUUUAACACAAUAUUUUAUACAAAAGCCAAUAAAUGAACUGCAUAUGA